CUGAAACAAUGGGUGACUGGAGCUUUCUGGGGAGACUAUUAGAGAAUGCACAAGAGCACUCCACGGUUAUUGGCAAAGUUUGGCUGACGGUACUGUUUAUCUUCAGGAUCCUGGUGCUGGGGGCUGCUGCUGAGGAAGUCUGGGGAGAUGAACAAUCGGACUUUACAUGCAACACACAGCAACCUGGUUGCGAAAAUGUCUGCUAUGACAAAGCCUUCCCCAUUUCCCACAUCCGCUUCUGGGUGCUGCAGAUCAUCUUUGUCUCUACGCCAACCCUCAUCUACCUGGGCCAUGUGCUGCACAUUGUGCGCAUGGAGGAGAAGAAGAAAGAGGAAGAGCUAAAGAAGAAGGGAAGCAGCAGGGACAGCAACCACCAGGGGGGAGCAGCAGCAGCAGGUGGCCGAGGGGGUAGCAACAGCAGCAGCACCAAUAAGGAGCCACCCCCAAAGAAGGAGAAGCCACCAAUCCGUGAUGAGUGGGGUAAAAUACGCAUCAGUGGUGCCUUGCUCCGCACCUAUGUCUUCAAUAUCAUUUUCAAAACUCUGUUUGAGAUAGGCUUCAUUGUGGGCCAGUAUUUCCUGUAUGGCUUUGAGCUGAAGCCACUCUACCGUUGCAGCCGCUGGCCUUGCCCGAACAUUGUGGACUGCUUCAUUUCACGGCCCACUGAGAAGACCAUUUUCAUCAUCUUCAUGCUGGUGGUGGCAUGUGUCUCACUGCUGCUCAACAUGCUUGAGAUGUACCACCUUGGAUGGAAGAAGCUCAAGCAAGGCGUGACCAACCAAUACCACUCUGAUCCAAUCCCCAUUGAACCAGCUACCAUUGCAAGGGACUCCAAACCUGUUACUCUGCCUCUGCCAUCUCCGGCAGUGUUCCCUACUGUCCCGCCUGCUCUGCCGGAUUCCCGUGCCAUCACUCCACUGCUCUCUUCAUGGACUGUGCCGCCUUACUAUGCUGAAGCCACUGCUAGGGCACAACCAGCCACCACAACUUCCCUGGCUGGCUACCCCAGGGCUCCUUCAUUCUCUGAGGAGCGACACAAUACUGCCACUCCCAUUCCAACCUCCACCCCAAUCUCAACUCUAUCCCCCAUCCCAACACCUAUGCAAGCCAUCACUCCCUACUUCAAUGGCAGCAGCCAGGCCUUAGCUGCCGAGCAGAACUGGACCAAUCUGGCAGUCGAGCAGCAGAGGAAGCCACCAGCCUCCAGCUCAGCUGCCUCCUCUCCCCCCAGCAGCAUCAGACAACAAUCUCCAAAGCAAGAGUUGGCCAAUGAGCAACCACUGCCAUCACCACCUCUUUUGCCACCUGUAGCAGCAAUCAAUAGCAGCAGCAGCACCAGCCUGAGCAGAGGAAGCAGCAGCAAGUGGGAUGUAGAAGGUGAAGAGGAGGCCACAAAGGAGUGGCCAGUGUCAGCUGCCUGCACUACAGUAGAAAUGCAUGAGCCGCCUCUGCUCAUAGACACACGGCGCUUAAGCAGGGCUAAUAAAAACAAGGGUAUGGUCCCGCAAAAACCCUCUCAUAACCUCACAACAAAAGAAGAACAUUUUCUGGAUAGUCAGGGACUUUUAAUAACAUUAAAAAGCAGCAAACUGUUUCAAGUGGUGUCUUUGAAGAAGUGCCUUAUGUACUCAAUUCUGUAA